GUCAAACGUGCAGGUUCAUUUCCUUGUCCAGUAUCCAAAAGCGCCGGUUCAGCCUUAUGGUCACUAACGUCAAGGGAGAGGAUGUCGCCCUUAGAAGUGUGCAACUUGCAAGACAACUCUCUGAGGUUCCCUGUGUUCUGAAAAGAACGUUUGACUAUGAGGGUUCUUAUGUUGAGUCUAGUGGCGGCUGUAUCGGCAUAUUUCGGAUUUGUUAUAAUACAGAAGAUGUAAACUUUACUGCACGUGAAGAGAUCGCAAUGUUCAGCUACAUAUCAGAACCUGACAAGUACAAGCUCACAGUCAAAGACCGCCCUGUGAUUAUCCGAGAUAUGAUUCUGGUAGAGCAGAUUUCUGAGAUAGCCUGUGUUUUUGGAGAUUCCUACUUUUUUAAUGGGUCCACUCUCUACGCCAAAGACGGCUGCAAGGGCGUCUUUAGGAUUUGCUAUGUCGCCAAAGAAGAUCAAACAGUGGCUCCGACACUGGGAGUUACACCUACAGAACCGGUAUGCCUGAACGUGACUCUACGAGACACUGGUAGUGAUCGCUCGGUUCAUACGUUAACUUCCAAUAGCAGUUACCCUCUUCAAGUGGUCAGCAUGGAGCUGAUCAAGCCACUGUCCUUUGUCCAAUGCACCAAGUGGGUCAACUACUACUUCGAAGGCAACAUGGUCCUGAGUAAAGGUGGAUGCUGGGGAGAGUUUGAAGUUUGUUACCUGGAAAAUGUUACUGUAUUAUCGGAGAUUACGACUGAACCAGAAGGUCAAACGUGCAGGUUCAUUUCCUUGUCCAGUAUCCAAAAGCGCCUGUUCGGCCUUAUGGUCACCGAUGUCAGGGGAGAGAAUGUAGUCCUCAGAAGUGUGCAACUUGCAAGACAACUCUCUAAGACUCCCUGUGUUCUGAAAAGAACGUUUGACUAUGAGGGUUCUUAUGUUGAGUCUAGUGGCGGCUGUAUCGGCAUAUUUCGGAUUUGUUAUGAUAUAGAAGAUGUAAACUUUACUGCACGUAAGUACUUUUUUGUUUGUGGUCGUGGGGCUGAGUGGUCACGAUGUCUGGUGUCCCCUCGAGUGCUCGAGAUCCCGCGUUCAAAGAUCGCCAUGUUCAGCUACAUAUCAGAAUCUGACAAGUACAAGCUCACAGUCAAAGACCGCACUGUGAUUAUCCGAGCUAUGAUUCUGGUAGAGCAGAUUUCUGAGAUCGCCUGUGUUUUUGGAGAUUCCUACUUUUUUAAUGGAUCCACUCUCUACGCCAAAGACGGCUGCAAGGGCAUCUUCAGGAUUUGCUAUGUCGCCAAGGAAGAUCAAAAAGUGGCUCCGACACUGGGAGUUACACCUACAGGUAAGCGUGAUAUAAACCCGACCAAAUGUGUGAGAACGUCCAAACUGACCAGUAGCCUCAGGUUGCCAGUAAAGAAAACUUUCAUCGACUCUGAAGGCAACCCUCUAAUCAUUGUCAGUGUGAAAGUUGUGGAGCAGCUUUCCCAGGCGAAGUGCACGAAGAGUAAUACGUUCUUUGUGGAACAGUACACACUCUGGGUGACCAAUGGAUGCAAAGCAGUUUUCCAAGCCUGUGUGAAAUCAGCACCUGAAGAAACGACAACGCCGGCUACUACUACUGGUAAAUCUAUCUGUCUGUCUAUUCCUGUUGUUCAAUCCGGCCAACAAUGCGAGAAUAUCAAACUAACGAGUACCCCGAAGCUGCCAGUAAAGAAAACUUUUAUCGACUCUGAAGGCAAUCCAUUGCACAUUGUCAGUGUGAAACUUGUGGAGCAGCUUUCCCAGACGAAGUGCGUUGAAGGUCAUACGUUCGAGGUGUAUCAGUACGCGUUCCGUGUCCUUGGAGGAUGCAAGGCAGUAUUCAAAGUCUGUUUGGAAUCAGCAGUCCAAGAAACGACGACGACGGCUACCACUACUGGUAAAAUUAUAUGUCUUACCCCGAAGCUGCCAGUAAAGAAAACUUUCAUCGACUCUGAAGGCAAUCCAUUGCACAUUGUCAGUGUGAAACUUGUGGAGCAGCUUUCCCAGACGAAGUGCGUUGAAGGUCAUACGUUCGAGGUGUAUCAGUACGCGUUCCGUGUGCUUGGUGGAUGCAAGGCCGUAUUCAAAGUCUGUUUGGAAUCAGCAGUCCAAGAAACGACGACGACGGCUACCACUACUGAGGACAUGAAGUGUGAGAAUAUCAAACUAAUGAGUCAGCCCAAGCUGCCAGUAAAGAAAACUUUCAUCGACACUGAAGGCAAUCCAUUGCCCAUUAUCAGUGUGAAACUUGUGGAGCAGAUUUCACAGACGAAGUGCGUUGAAGGCCAUACGUUCAGUGUGUAUGAGUACGCACUCCGAGUGACUGAUGGAUGCAAGGCAGUUUUCCAAGUCUGUAUUGAUGCAGCAGUUGGGGAGAUGACCACACAAGCUAAUCCCACAGGCGAGGAAUGCAUGAGGUUGGAGAUGGACAGCAGCAAGUCAAGGAAGCUCAAGCAGAUCAGGAUCGUUGACCGCAAAAGCAGGAAACCCGUCAGAAUCACCAGCGUGGACGUGGACAAGCAAAUGACGGACAUUCCAUGCCAGCCUGGGGAGACUUUUGAGUAUGAGGACAACAGUGUACGUGUCACCGGCGGAUGCGGGGCUAUGUUCAAAGUCUGCUACGAGAAGGAGAUGGAGUCGCGCCCAAAAG